AUGGUCGAAUUACGUCGUUCAACAAGAAACAAAGGAAAGUCAAAAGCUGAAGAACCAAUUGAUUCAAAACCAGUCAAGAAAACUAAAACCACCAAAAUGUCUGAAGAAGUAAAACCAGAAAUUAAAGAACAAGAAAUUGAAGUGGGCGAUUCAAUUCCUGAUUUGACAUUACUUGAUGAAGAUAGUAACGAAAUUAAUUUAGUAGAAGCUGCCAAAAAAACCAAAUAUGUUGUCAUCUUUGCUUACCCAAAAGCAUCUACUCCUGGAUGUACCAGACAAGUUUGUGGAUUCCAAGCUCAAUUGGGUGAUUUCAAGGAUUUGGAUGUGACCAUUUUCGGACUUUCUGCUGAUUUACCAACAGCUCAAAAGAAAUUCGUUGAAAAACAAGGGUUAGAAUACCAUUUGUUGAGUGAUCCUAAAAAGGAGUUGAUAGGUGUUUUAGGUGCCAAAAAGUCACCUACUGGUAUCAAAAGAUCACAUUGGAUUUUUGUUGAUGGAAAAUUGAAAAUCAAAAAAAUCCAAAUCAGCCCUGAAGACAGUUUCAAUGGCGCUUUAGAAAGUAUCAAAGAAUUGUGA